GUGACAGCAAGUCAGAGGGAGAGAGGGAGGGAGAGAGAAAGAGAGUGGGAAAGAGAGAGAGAGAUAGAACGCAGCAGAGCCUGGCUACUGUGGAUGGCUUAGGAUCUGCUUGGAACGGAUUAGACAUCGUCUUUGUCUUUUUAAACUUAUCAUUUACAGUAACGCUAACACAGAUAUGAAGAGUGUUCUGUCUGAAUAGCCUCAGCUUUGGUCCUCACCUGGCUCACCCACCUGGAUGGAAAAAGCGGGAAAAGUGCAAGAUGAAAAUCUCAGCCUACAUUUCUCAGGCAAGGUUCUUGCUUUGGAUGAUGCUGUGUAGCAGCUGAAGACAAACCAGCAUCAUGUGUAGUGUGAUAUGACCCUGUCCCAACGGCAACCCAUCCAGAGCAUGGGUGUUGAGGGGUAGUUAGACAGGUGGCAAAGGGUGAUUCAACUAUGGUGACAUCUAUGACAUGAAAUCAAUGCUGUGGAUGAAUGGGCUGCAGCGUCACAACGGAAAAUGAGAAUGAUGGGUGUGAUUUUUAUUGCCUGCAGGUUCUUCACUGCACAUACCUGAUGUCAAGACCUCAAGAUCUUCUGAGCAGAAGACAGUACAAAUGAUGCAAAGGACAGCAGAGUAAAUUAUACGAAAAAAAUUGUAUGAAAGUCAGUAAAUUCAUGCAGAGAAUGAAUGUUAUUUUUCAUGUUUUUCAAUAAGAAAGAAUUUUUCAACUGACAAGUAUACCGACUUGAUAAAAAAAGACUCCUGUGACACUGUCAAGAAAGCUCCUCUUCCAUGGUUGCAUCUCAGGUAUUCUGUCGGUAAACAUAUUGACAGUGCUAACUAUGACCCAGGAUACCAUUGGAUGUUACUUUGCAUUUAUACCAGAACAACCGCAGCAUAAGCAGCAAUGUCAAUAGAUAAUGAAACACAAAUAGUGCUUGAUCCCACGGGGCUGCUGAACUUGUCUUCAGAUGGGAGUGUCAGUCAAGUGCAUGAUGUCAGCAAGAUCAUUAUCCCAUCGAUCUAUGCUUUGGUGUUCUGUUUGGGAGUCACGGGCAACGCUAUGGUAAUUUAUGUAAUCCUGAAGUACGCUAAGAUGAAGACGGCAACUAACAUCUACAUCCUGAACCUGGCCAUCGCUGACGAGCUCUUCAUGCUGAGCGUGCCCUUCCUGGCCACAUCUGCCGCCGUGCACAGCUGGCCUUUUGGCUCACUCAUGUGCCGCCUGGUCCUCAGUGUAGACGGCAUCAACAUGUUCACCAGCGUCUUCUGCCUGACCGUGCUUAGUGUGGAUCGCUACAUUGCCGUGGUGCACCCCAUCAAGGCAGCCCGCUACCGCCGGCCCACAGUGGCCAAGGCCAUCAAUGUGUGUGUGUGGGGCCUCUCACUGGUGGUCAUCCUGCCCAUCAUAGUCUUUGCUGACACUGUUCCCUCACAAGAUGGUGGCGUUGACUGCAAUUUUCUAUGGCCGGCUUCCUCCUGGUCGGGAGCUUUCGUGAUCUAUACCUUCCUAUUGGGGUUCCUUCUACCAGUAAUAGCCAUAUGUCUUUGCUACUGUCUCAUGGUGGCACGUAUGAGGGCAGUCGGCCUGAAGGCUGGUUGGCUACAACGGCGUCGCUCGGAAAAGAAGAUCACGCGUAUGGUUCUCCUGGUGGUGGCUGUGUUCAUGGUCUGUUGGAUGCCAUUCUACGUGGUGCAACUGAUCACUGUAUUCUGCCAGCCGCCUGACCCUAUGGUAACGCAGCUCCUUGUUAUCCUCAGCUAUGCCAAUAGUGGUGCCAAUCCGAUCUUGUACGGCUUCGUCUCUGACAACUUUCGCCGUUCCUUCCAGCGUAUUGUGUGCUUCCGUUGGCUGGGUAACGGGCUCGAUGGGGAGCAGGUGGACUACUGUGCCGUCAGCGUCAAAAGGCAAGUCACCUGUGACGUGCAGGACGUUCGGAAAGACUGCUUGGCUUCUGACAUGGCCUAUCGCAAUGGCACCUGCACUUCUCGUACUACUGCUUUCUGAAGCUGAUUGCAACUGAGACAUUCUCUAAGAGUAAAGGAGCACCUACCAUUAUCAGGAAAAGCAGAGACAUUAUAUCCAUUUUUCUAUUCAGAGUCUCCUGUAGAUAGAGGAUUAAUUAGACAUCUUUAGAAGGAUUUCAGAUUAUUUUAGCUGUCUAUAAUAGUGUUCAGUAUUUUAAAGACAUUCCAAGCAUAUCAAUAUGAAUUAAGUACUAGUUAGUAUGUAUUUGUAUAGCAGAUGAUUAUAUCCAAACUGAUGUACAGUUGGUCAGCCAUGUGCCUGGAGCAGUUGAGGUUUAGGGUCUUCUACAAGGGCCCAGAAGUAAACUCACUCGACUGACCAUGGGAUUUUAAUCAAUGACCUUCCAGGUCAUAAUGCAUUGAAUCACAUGCUGCCCAGGAGCUUGACCCGUAUUAAGAUAUUUCUUUUAAUUUGCCAACAAAAUUCGUUAGAGUGACAAUAUUAUUAUGUUACAAAAAUUCAAUAUGUUUAUGUGUUUGUGAAUAAUGCUGCUACUUGUACAUGUUAUUACACCGGUGACGUCUCAGAUUUAGGGAAUUAUAAUUAAUUAUGUUUAAUUAUGAGUCUCCUGCUUCUGUUCCAAACCCAUUAAAGUUAUUAAACUGGUGUGCUAAGAGCGACACUGUUUGGAAAUGAAGCAAAAAUGUAUUUUUUUAAUCAAUUGAUGAAACCACUCUUCUUAAAAUGAUUUCGUAACUGAUCAUCCAGAAUACAUAAGUACAGCUCAGCUGCCACAUCAUUGCAAUUGCCUUGUAAAUAUGAGAAAUGACACUGAAGCAUUUGUAGACCUAUACUCUUAAUUCAGGACCUGUGUUUUCUUACAAAUUAGUGGAUGAUAACUUUGUAGCCAUUAGAAAAAAAUGCCAUGCAUGACGUUUUUCUUUGUAGACACAAAGGAAAAA